AUGUUAAAAACGUUUAAAGUCUUAGUUUCCAAUACUCCGACUUUUGCUUCCGCCAUCGUCAAGCAUUUUGUAAAAGGUCCUCCACAACCAUCCUGGAAUAUUCAAUUUCAUAUAGUAUUCGUCGCCUUAAAAACCUUACUUGCCACUUUUGUCACAAAUACUAUUGAAUAUUCUCAAGAAAUCACUGCUAAAGGUAGUGCCUUAUUUAAAUCUAAAGAAUUUAAAGAAGAUGAAAUAGUAAUUCCAAACCAAUUUAGGAAAAAUGCUCAACCGUAUCUUGAACAGAUUAUCAAAGAGUAUGAAUAUGUAUUAGAUGAUGAAUGGAAACAAUUUAAAGAUGAUGAUAAAGUAUUAAAUGCAAAAUGGAUUUAUUCCAAAAAACAAGGAUUUAAGCGAGACCAAGAAAAUUUAAGAAUAAUAUUUUAUUUACAUGGAGGUGCCUAUUGCAUUAGUGGUAUUGAUUUUUACCGACUAGUCACUACCAGAUUAGCUAAAGAAACCGAUGCAUUAGUAUUUGGCAAAUUAGCCCCUCAAAAUCAAUUUCCAGCUGGAAUACAUGACGCGAUAGCUGCCUAUCUCUAUCUUACCAAUACUCCGGAAGACGCCGGUUUUGAACCAAUUGAUCCUAAAAGAAUUGUUAUUAUGGGUGAUAGUGCUGGUGGUGGAUUAGCUUUAGCCACUCUAUUAGCAAUUAGAGAUUCUGGAUUACCGAUGAUAGCUGGAGCGGUUUGUAUGUCUCCAUGGGUAGACUUAACUCAUAGCAUGCCUUCAACUAUGGACCCUCGUUAUGAUCUCACUGAUUACAUCCCAAGAUCUGGUUUUUGUGAUUUUCCACCUUCACCCGCUUUUAAUGAAUAUGAGAGAAAAGCCAAAAAAUUAUCGAACCGUAUAAAAGCAGAAACCCGAUCUCCAUUUUGGGAUGAAUCAUUUAAUCGCGAUGGAAGAACACAAAUAUAUGUAAGCAAUGAAGCAUUGGGAAUACCGUAUGUGAGUCCAUUAUGUGCAGAAAGUUUAGCAGGAUUACCUCCUAUGUUGAUCCACGUCGGAGAUGGCGAAAAGCUUCUCGAUGAAGCAAUUUAUUUCUCAUUCAAAGCAAGUCAACCUGAUAAAUACAAAUUACCUGCAUAUAAUGCAGGAAAAUUCGAACAAUCACCUUUUAAAACGCCAACUAAUGUUACAUUAGAAAUUUACGAAGAUAUGCCUCACGUGUUUCAAGUAUAUUUUACCAAAAGUACAUAUUCACUUAUAACAGCUAAAGGCAAAACAUUACCACUUAAUAAUAAGCACAUGAAGGUAUUAGAGUGGACGGAAGUAGGUAAAGUAUCAAAAGCGGGAAGACCUCGAUUUGAAAAACCAGUAACUAAUACAAAUCCAUUCGUAUAUUUAUUAGUGAUUGUAGUAAUAUUUAUGUAUCUUAAAUAA